AUGGACGAGCAGGAGACGCAGGUGCAUGCCGGCGGGUGGCCUCAUGACCGGCAGCCCUCUUUUGAUUGCGUGUCUAGAGCGCUGUCCUUUGAUGAUGCCCAGUCUGACACUUCCAAAGGGUCUGGGUAUUGGCUUCUACGUGAUGAGGCAGCAACACCUAAGGGGGUAAAGGAGGAAACACAUACUGAGCAAGAGCACGUGGCACCUGCAAAGGAGUGCAAGCAUGAGCAAAUGAUCGAUACAACAAGACCUGAUGAGCAUGAACAAGGAAAGGAGGCACCAACACCUGAUGAGAGCAAUGAGGCACAGGAGCCAGAGGAUGAGCCUUUGAUUUCGGUGGCGGCUUCGGGCAAAACGAAAAAAAAGGCCAAGCGUGGAGGAAAGAAGCUGAGAACCACUACGUGCACAGAACAAGCAGUUGCUGGGCCUUGGGAAGACCAUGAAAAGACCUCCCGCCUUGAUGAUAACCUUGGACCCCUUCCCCCCAAGCCAGAAUGCAUGGAAGCUCUGGUGGCAAGCCUUUCCCCCGAAGAGCAGCAAGGAAAGGCGGAGAAAGAGUAUGAGCCCUCUGAGGAGGAAGUGCCUGAGGAAGACAUGGAUGAUGAGGAAGAGAUGGAUGGUGAGGAAGAGGGGGAUGGUGAGGAACAAGAAGAGGAACUGCAAGAGGAAGAUGACGAGGAAGAGGAGGAUUCCAAGCCGAUGAAGCGCCCUGCUACAAGUGAUCCAAAGGAGGAGGAGAAAGCCCUGAAAUCCCGCAAGAGUUGUGCCUAUCACAAGGCAAAGCGUGAAGCGGAGAGUGCUGGCAUGACACCGGACGAAGCGCUCAACAUCGCUCGUGCAGUUCUUUUGCUGAUGUGGACGGAGAACAUUGACCUGCAAAUGCAAAUCGAAAUGUUCGAGCUCUUCAGUGGUCGGUACACUGAUGCCAUGGGUGUGCGGAAGUUUGUGGGGAACAAGCAGGCUUUGAAAGACAGUGGGAUCUAUGCCAAGGCCUUUGCCCAGCAUGUGCUCUCUCUCUGGGAUGAUGAGCGGGAGAGUCGGCAGCCCCGCCUCAGCAUGCGGCAGAAAGUACAUGUACGUACCGACGCCACAGAUAAGGAGUUGUUUCAGGGUCUGGCCAUGAAAGACCCGUGGCCAGAUGCAGAGAUGGUUUCUGUGUGGGCAUACCUCUACAAGAACAAGUACCUGAACAUCCCUCUGACCUGGCAGUCCAUUAUGUCUGAGUUCAAUAGUGCACUCCUCGACACAGUUCUGCAUGGCCAUCCACUUCGUGCUGAACUGGAUGGUGCCCGGGCUGGUCGGUAA